GCAGUCGCCAUGGAACUGAACCCAGGAUGAAACGGAACCCUGGAGCGCUUGGGCGGCAGCAAGGUAGCCACAUUCGGACCCCUUCCCUGCCGCGGGCUUGGGGCUUGCUCCACCGCUCGGCAUCUGCAUCCCAGGCCACACCCAUGAGGUGCCGGGUGCGGCUGUGGGGCCCUCGGUCUGUCCUCGGGAUUUGUCUCUGCCCCACGCCAUGCCCCGCAGCCCCUUUCGGCGCCUCGUCCUGGCCACUCUGCUGCUGGUGACCGUUUGGGCCCUCUUGGGGCCCUCGGGCAUCGGGGAGGAGUUGCUGAGCCUCUCGCUGCCCUCGCUGCUUCCAGCUCCCGCCUCCCCGGGGCCUCCGCUGGCCCUGCCGGGCUACUUGAUCGCCAAUGAAGGCGCCUGCGGGGUCCCCGGCGCAUCCCCCUUCCUGCUCAUCCUCGUGUGCUCGGCCGUGGAGAACCUGAACCAGAGGAACGCCAUCCGCGAGUCGUGGGGCCGGCUGCGCCAGGCCCGGGGGCUCCGGGUGCAGACCCUCUUUCUGCUGGGAGAACCGAACUCGGGUGACCCCCAGGCCGUUUCUCAGAAGAAGCUGGAAGAGGAAUCCUCUGCCCACGGGGACGUCUUGCAGGCGGCCUUCCUGGAUACCUACCGCAACCUCACUCUCAAGACCCUCAGUGGGCUGAACUGGGCGGACAAACACUGUCCCACGGCCCGGUACAUCCUCAAGACGGACGACGACGUGUUUGUCAACGUCCCGGAGCUGGUAUCUGAGCUGGUCUGGCGAGAGGGGCACCGGGAGCAAUGGGAAACGAGCCUGGAGUCCCAGACGGAGGCUGGGACUGGGGAGCAACGGUGGGACAGAGGCCAGCCCCCAGUGGGGAGCCAUCCCCAGCCCCUCUUGUACCUGGGCCGUGUGCACUGGUGGGUGUCCCCCAUAAGGACAUCAGAGAGCAAGCACCAGGUCUCCGAGGAGCUGUGGCCUCCGGCCCGGGGCACCUUCCCUCCCUAUGCCUCAGGCACAGGCUACGUCUUGUCUGCGUCCGCUGUCCAGCUGGUCCUCAAUAUGGCCAGCCGAGUCCCCACUCUACCACUGGAGGAUGUCUUUGUGGGAGUAAGUGCCAGACGAGGAGGCCUCACCCCAACCCACUGUGUCAGGCUGGCCGGUGCCACCCACUACCCCCUAGAUCAGUGCUGCUACGGGAAGUUCCUGCUGACCUCUCACAAGUUAGACCCCUGGACCAUGCAAAAAGCCUGGAAGCUGGUGGGUGGCUAUGAGAGGGAAAGCAAUUCCUCCUACUGCUCCUGGUUCCAGAGGACCCUGGGUAUUGCCAGGUGCCGGGUCAUAGCCUGGCUUCACAGCUGAGUGCCUGAGCCCUGGAGGGAGCAAUGAGCUGGGACCCCUUUCGUGAUCUCUCUACUUGACCCAGAUGGGUGCUCGCUCGCUCGCUGGCUGGACGUCAUUCUCAGAUCAGAUGCUGAAUGGAAGUCACAUUUCAGACACUAGAAGCCUAGGGCCUGGUCUGCCAGCCCCAAAACUGGUUUAACAGGAGGAAAAAUAACAAAACUGGGAUUGUUUCCUUCAGCAGGAGGGACUC